GGGAAGCUGUCGAAUAUUAAAAAACAAUAAAAUGUGUUUGCGUCUGUUAUUAUUACUAUUUUAUUAAAUUAAUGACAUUAUAAGCAAUAGUGUGAAUGAAAAGAUUUAUUAAUGCUAAGUCGUGACAUAAUAUGGCCUUAAUUAAGAACAACGGUUCUAUAAUUGACCCCGCAUUGUGUAGAUGCUGCAGAGCUAUAAAGAAAUGCAGAAUCCUAACUUCAGAAUACACUUGGAUGGAAAAGAAAGAAAUAUAUGCAGAUAUGAUAAUGGAUUGCUUCGGUAUUCUUUUGUCUCAUGUCGACGACGAGGUGAAGGAUAGCGGCGUGUGUGCAACGUGCGUCGUACGCUUGCGCGACGCGUGUGCUUUUCGCCAGCAAGUUCUGCAAUGCGAGGAAUUAUUCCUGAGUGCCAAGCUGGAGGACAGAGAUGACACAAAGAAAGACACCGAAAUCGAAUUGAAAACCGAACCGAAGGAUGACUGCAGUGAGCACAAUUCAUCUGUCGAGGAACAUCAGGAGAUAAUUUCCUUAGAUUAUCCACCUGCUGUUGUCGAUGUUAAAUCACCCAAGAAAGAAGACGAUGAAAAUAAACCAGAUCUAGAACCUCAAAAUAACAUAGCUAAAGAUAUGGACAUUGAAAUAGAUGAUAUGGACGAUGAUGACUACCACGACGACUAUACAGGAUCAUCAUCAGAUUCAGACAAACCAAUCAAACGGAAAGCUAAAAACAAAAAAACGAAAGGAACCAAAAGUAAUGGUACGGCGAAGAAAAAAGUGCUGAAGGGUAAAGGGACCAAGAUGAAACAGAAAGCAGGUACCUCACUGGAAAAGAAAUCUAAAAUUAAAAAGCCUCCCGUAGAAAAGAAGAACACGUACGAUCGUGACCUUGAUUGUAUGUCUGAAGAGAACCUCCUCACAAUCAUCCAAUAUUCAUACGUUUGCCCAUUCAAGAAUAGAAGAAAUAAUUAUUACUGUUUCUACUGUAAGGACUAUUAUCCGAAACCCGAAGACUUGAGAGAGCACACGGUAUCCCAUGACACGAAACCAUUCCAACUUCUGAUGGGCUACAAGAAAAUGCCGAAAUUAGACAUCACAAGAAUAGACUGCAGACUGUGCCCGAUGAAGAUAAACGAUCUGGAGACAUUUAAGCAGCAUAUCGAUCAAGUCCACGACAAGAAAAUAUAUUUCGAAGCGCCAGAUAAGAUGCUGUUAUACCGGUUGACGUGGAACGAUCUAGUCUGUGUUAUGUGCAACGAUGUGUUUGAAGAUUUCAAUACUUUAAACACGCACAUGGUGGAGCAUUUCAGUAAUUACACGUGUGAUAUAUGCGGCGUGUGCUUCUUAGAGAAACCACGUUUGGACGCUCAUCUGAAACGUCACAAAGACGACGAGAGACACACGUGCGAAGUGUGCGGUAAAGUGUUUAAAUCGAACCAUUACAAGGACAUGCAUGUCGACAUAGUGCACAAAAAGAAAGCCAUUAUCCGUUGUCCGCGUUGUGAUGAGUGUUUUAUGUCUUACGCGUUGAAAAAUAAACAUCUGACCGAAGCUCACGGUCAGAAACGUACGUAUCCGUGUAAUUUGUGUGACAAAGUGUACAAUAGGCAGAAGACGUUGACGGAACACCAGCGGAGGAAUCACCAGAAGGUUCUGAAGCACCAAUGUGAGUAUUGCGAUCAGAGAUUUUAUUUACCAUCGCGUCUGAAGGAACACAUAGCGACCCAUACCGGCGAAAGGAACUUCAGGUGUGAGUACUGUGACAAAAGCUAUCCACGGCUCAAGUCCCUACAGUACCACAUACGUACGCACACGAACGAUAGACGGUACCGUUGUCAUAUAUGUGGUCAAGCGUUCAUACAGAAUGCAAGUCUAAAGUCACAUAUAAAGAGUCAUCACCCAGAAUGUGACAUAGAAGGAUGUUAUUUUUAGCAAUAUUUUAUAUCUAGUAGUUAAUAUUUGUAAGGAAACUUUAAUGUACAUCACGUUAAAAAUAAGCCCUUUUAGAAAAUUUCUAAGCUGUCGGUGGAAAUUUGAGAUGGGCCAGUCAAGUCACAUGACAGUAGUUUACUUUGAAAUAAACUUUAAUACUUUUAAUACUAGAAAUUUAACUUUGCGAUUUUUAACAAUUAAUAAGAAUCUUAAGAUACCUGAAAGAAAAAUUGCUAUAUUAUGUUAGAAAUGUUUAUAUGUUUUGUUAAUAAGAUUAUUUUUUCAAAACAUUUACACAUUUAAAAAUGUUUUAAAAACCAAUGAACAAAUCCUUAGGAAAGUUAACAUUGAUAAAGUCAACUGACCCAUUUUAAAAACCAUCCAAAACAUUAAUUUGCGUUAGUAAUUAAUUUAAAGGUGGAAAUCUUUUUACGUUGAUAAUGAAGACUUGUAGCCAAAUCUCAGAAAAUAACUUUAUAACAAUAAUUGUAAUUUUAAAACAUUAAUGUAAUAUCAAACGGUAAACGGUCAUAUGGACUCAUCCCUAAACAUUGAAAAUCUAAUAUUUAUCCAAUCACAAGAGCAGUAAAGAUAAAACAACUUGAUCUUGAAUUGACGUCACACUAUUGGUCGAGAUUUAUUGCAUAUCACGGCAGAGCUAUGCUUAUAGUAUUAUGACUAACAACUUACCGUUAAAUAAAACAUUUGCUAAGCUGACAGCUACAGACUAUAAAAAAAAUGAGCAACGCACAGUCCAUUCCGUUUGCAUGUAGCUUAAAAACGAAUUAUCCUAACUUCCAUGGUUUGACUGAAAUACUUUUUUAUAGCAGAACAAACUUGAUGUGAACGUGUAUCACUAAAUAAUAUUAUAAUAAUAUAACCAUACAUAGUUGCAUCAAAUAAUUUAACAAAUAAAUAAAAACAAUAAAAUAUACGUAAUCAAUUAUAAUAGAAUUUGUACAAAGUAAAACAGAAUUAUUUUAAUGAAGUAAAACAUAUUUUUAUUACAGCUACAUAAUAGUUAUUAAAAAAUAUUCUAAGUUAAUAUAACUUUAACUUCCUGACAGCAAAGUUGUUAAGUGAGAAACCAUUUGACAAUUACUGCAAGACUCGAUCUUAAGUGGCAGUUUCUGAAAUGAGCAAUUAGAUUUGAAUAAAUAAUGAAAGCAAUGAGCUUUCAUUAUUUAUUCAAAUCGAACAAUGGUUCGACCUAUUACGUCAUUAGCUGACAUCGACCAAUGACCAUUCAGACAGGUAAAAUGUUGAAAAACGCCUUCCGUUAUUUUGAUAAGUGUAACUUUUGAAUAUCACAAUUAUCGAGUUUAACCUUAAAAAUUUUUUUAAGCUUCGAUCAAAGAUUCAAGUCAUCUGUUUACUUUUCGAUUGCAAUGCUUGUAUUGAGAAUUAUUUUAAAAUGUAAGCUUAUAUAAAAAAAGGUACAGAUUGCUUAUUCUUAAUUUAAAAACAUACAUAGAUAAUCGAAUUAGACAAUUAUAAAUUGAUUCUUUGUACAAAUUCAAUUAAAGUUGACUAUAAUUUGAGAUAUGUUGAAAAUAAGGCUUUAAUGAAUACUCAAAUCACAACUGAAAUAGAAGUGUAAUUAUAAAGAUAUUUUAUAUUUGAAAUAUAAUAUAUACUAUUGUUUACAUAAGAUAAUUUAAGUAACGAACCUUCUACCAAUAUCAAAUUAAAUGGAGGAGGAGAUGUGAGGAUUAUUUAUGUCUGUGAAGUGAAAUGGAUUCAGAGUGCCGAGUUCCUCAUAAUCUGAGUUUAUCUUAGCUCGUGACAAAUGAGAGACGUCCGUAUUUGUCAUGCGAUCAAAAAUAUACUUUCAAAAACAUACACACGUAUUGAGUAUAUUCGAUAUUUAUUUUUUGUGACAAAUCUAGUUUUAAUUUUAAUAUUUAUAAAGAGUAUUUGGAAAUAUUGUUUAACCUCAGUAUUAUUCAGCUAUUUGUAUUUAUGGCCAAGCCUCUACCAUUUAAUUUAUGUUGGACUAAGC